CCCCGGAGCUCAGACGCGCCCCGCAUCCCCGCGCACCGCACAGGCGAGCGGGAGCCUGGAGCCCCAGCUCCCGGCCGGGCGCGGCGAGGCUGUGCGCGCAGCGACUUGGCCGGCCCCGGCCCCGCCGGCAUCUGUGAGCGCCCGCGGGGAUAUGGUAUAUUGAAAAGACACUCCAUCAAGAGUAAUCUGGGGAAAACAGAAAAGCCAUAAUAACUGAGACCAUACCGGGGCAGAAGAGACAAAAGAGUCUCACUUUUUGCAGGACUAGCCUGGACUGUGAUACUGUGAUGAUCCUGUUUCUGCUUCCUGUGCAGGAAAGAAGGUUUAUCUGAGUCCUAAACCUGUUUCAGAAGUACAGCAUAUUUUACAGUUAUUUAUGUUAUGAGGUCAGACUCAUCAGAGAUGACUGAUGUGGAGUCUGGGAUCAACACCUUUGCAGCCUCAGCCAGGACUGGCCGCCGGAAUGCCUUACCUGACAUCCAGAGUUCAUCUGUUACCGGCGUGAAUUCUGAUUUGCCCCUGAAGCUGGCAGCUCUCGCCAUGAAGGAAGAUGUAAAAAAGAAAAGUGAAGAAACAACACAAGACCACCUAGAAAACCCCCCAAAUGAAGAAAAAUGAAGGCUUAUCAUUUAUCAAGCGUGCUGAAUUUAUGCACAUUGAACAACUUAGUGUUUCCUGAGAUGUUUGAUCUAUGACAUCUGUGGUAACAUGUGUGUUAGAUAAUUGUGUUGUGAUGCUACUCACUUGGAUUGUAACUGUGAUACCCAGUGUAUGCUAUUAAAAAGAAGGCUAGUUCUAAAUUGCACCCAAGAAUGUAGAACCACUUAAGUACAUAUUAUUGUCUUAAACACAACAAAAUCCACUGUCCUCUUUGUUAUUAAUUUGGCUGGAUUUACAUUUUAUGGUGAUGGGGAAAUAUUUCUUGAUAAUAUAAGCUAAACAUUACUAAUUUAAAAUUUUAUAAACUUUGUAGGAGAUUAUAUUUUUUGGUGAGAAGGAAUAAUACUCCAAAAAAUUCACAUGAAUAAAGUGUGUUUAUUUUUAACCAAAAUUGCACUGGAUUUUCCCAAAACGUUAGACGAAAAUAACAUAAAUAUCUCUAGGGUGAUUUUGUCUGAUGUAUUUUGCAUUAGGUCUGUGCAUACUAUGAUUCUUCAUGUUGAUCCUUAGAAUGUAAAAUGUGUAACACAUUGCUAACAUGAAAUAUGCCUAUUAAAUGACACACCGUAACCUGGGUACGUAUGUGCCGCGUGUUUUAUUUUAAUGUGAAUCAUUCAAAAUACCACUUGCCUCAUGCUACCUUUUCUUAUUCUUUGGGCUUUUGUGUAUAUGAGUUGUUUCUAAGCAAUUUCCUCAGGAAUGCAAACCUUAAUUUUUAUAUCAUUCCUAUAGAUAACAUAGCAGUAAGCACUUAAAGUAUGGAGUGGAUCCUGUAUACUUUUAAUAUACAUACUUAAGUAUCUAUUUUAAAAGGAAUAAAGACAAACCAAAGCUUUAGUGAAUUUUAAUUUACUAGAUAUUUUAUGAAAAUAAUAGAAUUCUGUAUGUUAAAUUUUUGAAUAAUUUAAUGUUCCGCUAUAUAUACACGCACCUAUAUUUUAUUUGAUUGUUGACUUAAUCUACAUCUGUAUAUAUUAACCAAAUAAACUUUCCCUCUAAGGAAA